CGCACCAUUUUAUGAGUUAUUUCAUUCAGGCGGGUAUACAUACAUAGCUUCUGAGAACGAAAUGCGUUGUAAUUAUAUUAAAUAGUUCAAACAUAUAUAUAUAUAUACCCGAUGGGAUAAGGAAGGUCACGGGGGAAUCAAAACAAGAUACAAUGGACGAGAUAAGCGUCGAUGGAUUCCACUGUCACACAGUUUCAGCUGAUUCAGCAAACAGCAAUCCCAAGACGCAAGAACUCAGCGCAGUUAGAAACGAUAUCUCACACGAAGCAAUAAUAAAACCACAAUGUCGACCACAGCAAAGUAAUACUGAACGAUUGCUGACACCGCGGAAUCACUUGAACAAUGUGAGGAGUCCAUCAUAUAUUAGUACAACAACUCAUCGAAGACAGAUUUGUUCCAGCUUUGAAUCACCGCCAAAUACAAGCCGAGCUAAUGUGCCGAUGAAUGGAAAAAACGGUUACGCAUGGACUCGUCCAAAUAUGCAGUGCCCACAGCAAAGCUUUGUCAAUUCGGGCGACUACAUAAUCCUGCACCGCAGUUCAGAACCUCAUCAUCUACCAAUUAACAACCACUCAACAAAGAUCAUUGGAGGUACUAACAAUCAGAGUCGAAAUAAUUCAUCGGUUGAACUUCCACACUCGACAGAACAUGGAGCAAGCAGCAGUGAAUAUUCCAAUAUUCAGAGAAGUAACGACGUAUAUUGUAGUGCUUUAGAAAAUAAAAUAAAAAAUUACAACAAUCAGCGUACUUCAGAACACUUUAUGCAGAUGCCUAUCCCAUCUGGUCAUGGGUCUUUGGAACAUUCUCUGCCCGUUAGCUUUUCAGCGGCUAAAAACUCUAUGUCCGCUGUACAACAUCAUGGAUGUUCCAUGGUAUCGCAAUUACCUGUGAUACCGGUCGCUAAUACCAGUAAUCAUACAAAUUCUCACUAUGAAAGACGUUUUUGUGGUCAACAAAAUGAUAUUUUAAGUUCCAACGCGUCUAUUAUCAAUGCUAUGGAUGUAUCAAAUGUUGGAGACGUUGAAAGAAAUUUAACAGUGAUCAAUAAUCAUAUUACUCACCAACUGCCUCGAACUGCACCAACAAGAUUUUGUAACAAUAAUGAAAUUGCACAACAACCUCUUCAGUUUCAACUUGGCAGUAGUAGCUGGACAUCCCAGAAUGGAACUAGAUGUCAAGUUUGUACAGAAAAUCAGCAAACACAAUGGGCAGCAUAUAACAAUCACGGAAUGAUGGCCGCAACAUUACCAAGUCCAACAAUGUCUCAUGGUAAUCUAGUGAACACAAAUCUUCAUAUACAGCAUAUAAAUCACGCCGAAGCAGGUUUGCUUAUCAAAGAAGUUCCACGAAAUAGAAGCUACCAAUAUUUAUCAUUUCAAGGUAAUGCGGAAUUAUUAUCGACGACAUCAUUGAAACCAGCAAACACUCUUCAUUAUUUUGGCAAUGCUCCAAACUUUAUUUACGCUGGUAACGUUCAGUCAAAUGAGAGUUUAACAGUCAGAAACCAACCAGCAAUUCCAAAUAAAUCUCGUUCUUCAAAAAAAAAUUCCGACACUCGUGUUUCUCGAAAAGUGAAAAGUGUACCGAAGCACUCCAGAAAAAAUUCAAAAUUCGUGAAAAUGGCAACCCCUGAGCAUGAUUUGAACGCGGACGAAAAAAAUUCUGUACCCUCCCAAAACCCUGUGAACAAAGACCACAAAACUGCGCAAAUAUUUCAGAAAAUAACAAACGAAUUGAAAAGAAAAGCUUCUGGUACUAAUUCAUCGUUGCAUAUACAUCCUAUCAAAAACGCAGAGUCACUCGAAAUCUGGUUAAACAGCAUGGACAAGCGACAUGCUGUCGGGCAUCUCCUUCCAGCAGAAGAGCUUCGUGGGUCAGGCGAAGUCAACAAUCUCUCGAUCAAAUCGGAUGAUUGCAAUUCAGACACGCGCAAAGAUAAAGAUAGCAAUGAACAGUGUAUGGGAAGCAUAAAUGCAUCAAGAUUGAUGACACCAGCAAUUGCUUCAUCUGAUAAUAAAAACAUUUUCACAGAAAGCAAUGGAAGUUUGCUGACUCCAAUAACGGGUCAUGACAGCAAGGAUAUUGCUUUACCCUACCAAGAACAAGGUAUUUCUAGCGUUUGCCUUCAGAAGUGUGCUGGUACCCAAGAAACACCAGCAAGAUCGACGCCAGUGAAUAUUGAAUCUGAACAUAACAACAUUUGCACAAAAAACAAUAAUACUUUGCAGACUCAAGUUACAGGACAUAAAAUCAAUGAUAUUAUUUCUUUACCCUGCCAGGACCAAGUUAUUUUCAAUGUCAGUCUUCGACAGUGUACUGGCAACCAAAAUGCAUCGGAAAUGCUGAUUUCAGAAGAACAUACUGCAUCUGACAAUGCCUGCAAUUUGUCAAAGAACAAUAAUAAUUUCCAGACUCAAGGUACGGGACAACAAAGCAUUGAUAGUAUUUCGUUAACCCAUCAAAACCAAGUUAUUUCCAACGUUAGUCCUCAACAGUGUGCUGGCAACAAAAAUGCAGCGGGAAUGCUGAUUUCAGAACAUACUGCAAAUGACAAUUACUGCGAUUUGACAAGAAACAAGAAUAAUUUUCAGACUCAAGGUACGGAACAACAAAGCUUUGAUACUACUGCUUCAACCAAUCAAAACCAUGUCAUUUUCAGCGUUAGCUCUCCACAAAAUAAUGAGGAAGUAACGGAAACAAAAACGACUAAAGAGCCUAUUCGUGAGAAAAUUGAAAACUUGUCCAUGAAUAAUUUUCAAGCUAAAGAGACCGGACAACAAAGCAUUAACACUACUGCUUUAACCCAUCAAAGCCAAAUUGUUUUCAGCGUCAGCUCUCAACAAAAUUAUGAGAAAGAAACGGAAACAAAAACGAUUAAAGAGUCUAUACGUGAGCAAAGUAAAAAACAAUUCGUGAAUGAUUUUCAGACUCAAGGUACGGGACAACAAAGCAUUAAUAGGACUGCUUUAACAUAUCAAAACCAAGUUGUUUUCAGCGUUGACUCUCAACAAAAUUAUGAGAAAGAAACGGACACAGAAAUAACUAAAGCGCCUAUUCGUGAUAAAAAUAAAAACAAUUCCGCGAAAAAAUCAAUCCAAUAUGAAUGGCGGCAAAAUACGGCUCCGGAUAUAAUUGUUGUUGGCGAAGAGGAAGAAUAUAGUAAUGAGUAUAAAUAUCUCCGCGAACAUAAAAAUUAUGUUCUAAUUUCCAACAACAGUUCCGAUUCCAUACUACCAAAUAGUGCCUCGAACAACAAGAAUAAACAAGCUGGCAUUAGCAUAAGUAAUAAAGCAAUUGUUAAAGAUACAACAGAAAAUGAAGCAAGCGCGAAUCAGUGCACGGAUUGCACAAGAAAACGGCAUCACUCGAACGAUUCAAGCCAAUAUGGUCAGAAAUAUAAAAAAACAGAAAUACUAAAUCCUAAUGAAGGAGAUGACAAAAUAGAUGUCGAUAUUGAUCCUUCUUCGCUUAGGGCAUCUGAACACUUGACAUCCGACAAGUCUCAUGCCUGCGUGGUUUUAGAAAAACUGAACAUGGACGAUAUUGAAAAAAAGGCUAACACGAACAAGAAUAGUGCUUAUUCUGAAGACUUAAAUCAGUGCACACCGACACACACAUAUUGCAACAGCGACGAAAAACGUGAAAGCAAAAUAACAGAAUAUUGCGACGAUGCUAUUGGAUGCGUAACUAAUGCAUCUGAUGACACAAUGCUGCGGCAUGGGGAAAUUAAAACUAUUUGUGAUACAUCUGUUAAGAGCUGUGCCGCAGAAACAUCACGGUAUAACAAGAAAUCUAAAAGUACCUGUUCAAGGAUACGGACGAGACUGGGAAAUUGGAAACCAAUUAUAUUUCCUACAAUUAAAAGUGUUCCUCAUCUUCCACUUUCGUCUCCAACAGAGGAAAAGGCGAUGGCCAAAAAUACGUGUGAAACUGCAAUAGUAAUGAAAUAUAUGAUCUAUACGGGCUUAGUGGAACAUACUCAGCAAGUGCUUGAGUAGCUGCGAUGACAGUCAGCAUUCUGGAACUGACCUGUACUACAAAAGCCCCGGAUUUACAAACUAUAUGCGCAGAUGAAAAAGAGUUUUGUGACAGUAUGAUAAUAACUCAGUAUUAAAUUAUGCUAGUCUUAUAAUUUGAUUGAGUACUCGAUAUUUUUUUGACUACAUUUUCGUUCGUUUUCUUUUGGUUUAGAAAUAUAAAAUGCAUUUG